AUGAAUCAAGUUGAUUUCGAAGAAACCGGCGCUCAAGUUCACAGCGGAUUCUACGAGUGCUUCAUGGCAUUGAAACCGAAAGUCGAAAACUUCCUCGAUAGGACUUUAAAAGUUGCGGACUCAGAAAAGCAAGUCGAUGAGAUUUUAUUUGUUGGCCAUUCGCUUGGUGGCGCUAUCGCUUCACUGAUGGGAAUGUCCCUGGCACCUAAAUAUGAAAAAGAGACCCUUAACUUUCGAGUUGUUUCUGUUGGCGCGCCGAAAAUUGGAAAUCAGGCUCUUCAAAAUUUAUUCAAACAGAGAGUCAAAAAACAACUUCGUAUUCGACUUGACAGCGAUAUCAUCGUCGAUUCUCCACCGUUGUUGUAUUGGUUUAGAAAUUCUGGAAAUGAUGCUGACGAAACUGACUAUCCCAUUUUCGACGUCAACGAUUUCGCCUUUGCCUCUCAUAUGCCUGAGAGCUAUUUGAAAGGAAUUGAGCGAAAUAAACAAGUCAUUUUGAAGAAAAAAUUCGAAAACGCAGUCCAAAAGGCGAAAACUGCUGUGAAAAAAUUAACAAAUUCUGAAGAAAUUAUCAAGACUGCUGAAUAA